UCAAAUGCUUAUAUCUUAUAUUUAAAAAACAUGAAGGUAACUGACACGAGCACAUGCUACAAACAAGAGGCAUUGACAUUUGCGGUUCCGCCUUCCGUCUGGACUUUCUGUGAGGGUCGUAAGAUAACGGUACUGGAGGCCAUAGAGUGCGAGGCUGAGCUAGAACAGGAGAGAGAUGUCAUAGACGAAAUAUUACAUCGAAGGACGACUCCUACGUACAAAACAGUAUGUCUAUGGCAAAGUAGGGACUCAACCUCAUGUGUGCAAAACAAAUGUUGCCAAUAUGGUUGGUGGUUCGCUGCUCAUACUUGCAACAAGCAUUGCUGCGAAAGGCAUGAGAACAAAAAGAUAUGGACCGAAGCAUGUGUCGAAGGCUACACCCGCCGCUUCUAGUACUGAACUCCAACCGCUUCUAGUACUGAACUCCAACCGCUUCUAGUACUGAACUCCAACCGCUUCAAGUACUGAACUCAAGCACACGUAUAUCAAUAGUGCAUUUUAUAUAUAUGACGUUGAACCAUGUCCAUUUUCUUCGAACUAUAUUCAUUACUUUUUUCUUGUUAUGAAGUUGAAAACGCGUGCCAUUUUAGACUCUUGGAAAUUUUAUCUUAUCAUACAAUCACUUUUUCGAACUGGUAUAUACAAGUUGUAAAAAAAGCUUAUUUAAAAUAAAUGGCUUGACUGGUCUCUUUAUAUUUGCAAAUAACAUUUUCAUUUUAAACUGUGUUAAUAUAUUGUUGUUGUUCUCUUAAUUUUCAACUUUUCAAACAAAACUGCUUCAAAGAGAUAUAAUUAACAAGACAUGAUCAGUUUUAUAUACAUGUUCAUAGUUCCUAAACACCGUUAAAAAUAUAGCGCGUUUUGUGUCCGUGUUUAAUAAUCAUAUUGCUCUUGAAUCAAACAUGACUUCCUUUUUACCGUUUUUUGGUCUAAAAUUACUGUUUCAUAUGUCUGAUUAUUUUCAUUUUAGAUUGAUCUUUAAACUUUCACUGCGAAUAUUUAACCAGAAUGUAUUCGGAUUAUGUUGUAUUUUGUUGUGUCCAAAAUGUGUGCAUAAAUUUUAAGUUUGUAUAAAAGGACUCCCUCAUCGGUUUUCAAAUAUCAAUUUUUCCUAGCCAGUAUUGUAAAUUGCUGAACAGAAGGAAAUCCAAGUUACAGAAAGGUUGCAACAUGCUUUAAAUGUUUUAACUUCAAAUGUUCAAAUACUGUUUCACUUUGAACAGAUUUACUAACGCGACUGAGUUAAAACAUAAAGUGCGCGCAUGCGUCACUGGCAUUACUACUAGUGUUUGAAAAUCGGACUCCAAUUGCUAUCGAUAAUCGAAUCGAAUCGGACGAAGCAUUUCGAUUUACUAUCAGGCCAUAAUCGAAAGUUCAUAAUAUACUUUGGGAAUACAUUCUUAUACAUAGUAUCAUCAUGAUCAUUUAAUUUGUUUAAUACGGAGUCAGUAAGUGAAAUACUAUAGUCAUGCUUAUUGAAGCAGUUAAUAAAUGUCCAUGAACUUGUAA